AUGUCACCAUUCAACGAUUAUUGUGUUGUUUGUGAUCAAUUAAUCCCACAAUCACCCGAAUCAGUCAAAAAUACUUGCACGGAAAAGAAGCAUUCGCAUGUAGGUUGUUCGGGCAAAGUAUUAUAUUGCUCUGAAGACUGCCGACAAAAAGAUCAGCAUUUAAUACACCAGAGAUUGGAAUCACUGGUAAGUUGUGAAACCUGCCAUGAAACAGUUGACGACCCAGAAUCGCUUAUUAAGUCGCCGCUGUUAGUCCCAAUAGAUCAUUCUCAGCAAAAAUAUGAUGAAGGUGAUGAUGAUGGGGGAGCGUCGUAUCGGUUAAUGAAUAUGGUGUCUUCAAGCACCAUUUCAAUCCCAAGGCUUUCAUUACAGCCGCCAACACCACCAAUUUCAUAUGAUUCAAUUUACCACGAUCAUGUUGCCGAGAAAAACUAUCAAUUAUGGCUGAAUCAAAACCAUUAA